AUGGGCAACACGUGCGCCACCGCGUUCCGCUUCCCCCACCCGCCUCCCCCCGGCGGCGGCUUUGUCUCUUCCCCCUUCUCCCCGUACUCCUCAGCGGAACAAGCGAAGACGGAGCAACUGGAGCGGCAGAUGGCGAAGCAGAUGCAGACAAACGCCGCAACUUGCAUGAACAGCCAGGCGAACGGCGCGCUGAUGCGAGUGACGCCGCUGGCGGUGUGGGCGCACCGCCUGCCCCCACACGCCGUGGCGCAGUGCGCGGCUCUGGACGCGUCUCUUUCGCACACCAACCCCACAUGCCGCGCCGCCUCCGCUGCUUACUGUAUAGCCAUCGCGCACCUCAUCAACCACCCAGGGGAUGCGCAGGGCGCGUUUGAGCAGGCUGCGACGUGGGCGGCAGGGGAAGGGAAAAGGGGAGGUGCGAUGUGGGUUGGGGGCGGAGGGAAAAAGGGAGGGGCUGAGACGGUGGGUGAGUGGCUGGAGCAUGUGCGGGUGGCAGUGGCAGCGGAGGGGGGUGGCGAGGGGAGGGCGGCAGCGAGUGGGGCCGGUGCAACAGCGGGCAGAGGGAGUGCAGGGAGGGGUGUGCAGGGCAGGCAGGCGGGCAGAGGGUCUGUGGGCGGGUGGGGGAAGCAGGCGCUGCAGCAGGUGAUGGGCGCCCUGGGGGCAGGUGGGAGGGGAAAGGCAGGAGAGGCGGGAAAAGGGGGAGAGCAAGGGGGGGAGAGAGGGGUGGAGCAUGGAGGAGAAGGGCGGCAGGCAGGCGUGGCAGACACGCAAGGCAAUGACAGCAGCAAGCAGGCUGGGGGCAAGGGGUGUGCGCUGCAGGUGGAGUGCACGCAGAGCAUCGGGUGGGUGAAGUGGGGGUUCCUGCUGGCCUUCUACCACCUUCUGAGGCAGUCCAGCUAUGAAGAGGCAAUCGAAGACACUCUGAUGAGAGGGGGGGACACGGAUACCAAUGCCGCUAUUGUGGGCGGGAUGGUGGGCGCACUGCAUGGGGUGGAAGGCAUGGAGGAGGCGGAAGGGGGUCAAGGGGGUCAACAGGGUCAGCACGGUCAGGCAGGUAGAGGGAGCCAAGGUGCAGGGGUGCCGAGGGCAAUGGUGGAGGGGGUGGUGGGCCGGGACUUCUCCAAGGGGAUAGAGAGGCCUGUGGAGCUGAGGCCAGGGGACCUGCUGGCGCUCUGCGAUACGCUGUUCCGCUUGGCCCCACAGGAAAGUGAUGCUUGA